UCGGCCUUCGGUGUUUGAUGGCGAUCCAUGGUUCCUUCCCGUGACUCAACGCCGCCGUGGAUAACCGUUUCCCGAUCUCGGCCCUUGAAUUGACCUCAAUUCUUUCAAGUCUUUAUAUACUCGCAGGGUGGAGUGAAAAGAAGUCUCAGUCUUUGUCAAUUUCUACAAAACACUCACCGAUCAUCCACUCACCAUGCCACAAUCAACCAUGUCCCAACGAGCUCAGGAAGCCACCACAUCCGGCUCCAAGAACCUAAUGUGGGACGUAGUCAACGAUCCGUGGUGCAAAUCUACCAAUCCCAAUGGGUUCGUCAACGUCGGGCUAGCAGAGAACAUGCUCAUGCAUGACAAACUUCUCGAAGCCAUUAACACGAAGCUCGAACUGCCCUCCAAAUGGCUCACCUACAACGACGGGCCGUCAGGAUCCAGGAGAACCAAAAACGCCGUCUCGAAUUUCGUCAAUCGCCAUUUCCACCCCGUCAAUCCAGUGCAGCCAGAUCAGGUCCUCGUGACGAACGGUGUCUCUUCGGCAAUUGAACACCUGUCUUGGGCAUUUUCCGAUUCCGGAGAGGGAAUGCUCCUGGGCAGGCCUUACUAUGGAACGUUCAUACCUGACAUCUCCUCCAGGCCAGGGACUAAUGUCGUCCCCGUGGGAUUCCAAGGCUGUGAUCCGCUCAGUCUAAAGGCGGUCGAGAAGUACGAGGAAGCGCUGCUUGAGUUUCAGAAUCGAACAGGCCGGAAGGUCCGAGCGUUGAUGCUCUGCCAUCCCCACAACCCACUGGGUCGAUGCUAUCCACGCGACGUCCUGAUAAAACUCAUGCGCCUGUGCCAGAAAUACCGCAUGCACUUGAUCAGCGACGAGAUAUACGCGCUAUCUACGUGGGAGAACAUAGUCGACCACGAGGGGCCGUCCCCUGUGCCGUUUGUCUCCGCACUCUCGAUUCCUCUCGCCGGAAUCAUCGAUCCCGAACUAGUCCAUGUGCUAUGGGGUAUGAGCAAGGAUUUUGGUGCGAACGGGCUCCGUCUGGGCGUGAUUAUCUCGCAGGCGAAUCGUGACCUGCACGCUGCAUUGAAAAAUCCCACAUUGUAUUCGUACCCCUCUGCGGCGACGGAGUACCUGACGUCGUUGGUUCUUGAGGACUUCGAGUUUACCGAUAGGUAUAUUCAGAUGAACCAACAGAGGCUAUCGGAGUCGUAUUCUUUUGUUGUGCGUGGGCUGAGGGAGCAGGGUAUUGAACAUGCCCCUGGGUGCAAUGCGGCGUUUUUCCUGUGGGUGAACCUAGGGAAGAAGUAUCGGGAGCUGCACUCGGAGGAGGAUAUGGACGCAGAUGUCAGUGAUCGCGUCAUGCAGAAGCUGGUCGAGAAAAAGGUAUUUCUGGCCAGUGGUCCGUUGUUUGGAUCCGAGGAUGAUGGAUGGUUUCGGAUUGUGUUUACGCAUCCGCAGGAGCAUCUAGAGGAGGCGUUGCGGAGGAUUCUAGACGCACUGAGGGAUUAGAUCCAGAUAAGUUAUAAACACCACUCUAAAGAUGGAUAAGU